AUGACUUCUACAAGAGACAUCUCAGCAACGAAGCAAUCGAUAGAAUCUGGAAACAUGGAUAAAGAUGAAGUCCAUGUGCCCAGCAAUCAUGUUGAAAACAUUACCGACGACCAAGAUAUGGACAAAGCACAUAUAAGCGGGUCUACAGAAAUCCUGUAUACCGAGGAAGAGGCUGCCCGUGUCAAAAGAAAGAUAGACUUCGUCAUCUUGCCUCUUUUGUGCGGCUGCUACAUUUUCUCUUUUUUGGACAAGACCCUCAUCAACUACAGUUCCAUCUUUGGUUUGAAAGAGUCACUUAAUCUUCAUGGCACCCAGUUUAGCUGGCUGGGAAGCAUCUUCUACAUUGGUUAUAUGAUCGGGUCAAUUGCAUGGGCUAAAAUCGUUCACCAAUGGCCACAACAUACAGGGAAGCUUAUUGCGGCCGCGGUGUUUGCGUGGUCUAGUAUAGUGCUCCUUACACCCUUAUGUUUCAACUUUGCCGGCAUCAUGGCCGCACGAUUUUUCCUUGGACUAGUAGAAAGCAUCAUCGGGCCAGUCUUCGUCAUUGUCACAAGUAACUGGUGGACGCGGCCGGAGCAAGCAUUCAGGACCGCCUUUUGGCUCGGUGGGACACCGAUUGGAAACUUCUUCGGUGGCAUUCUCUCCUACGGUCUUGGGUCGACUACUUGGAAGAUCUUCUUCCUGUUCUUCGGUUCUUUCAGCUUUGUGUUUGCACUUAUUCUGGCAUAUCUUAUGCCCGACAAUUAUGCCAACGCUAGAUGGCUGACUCCACGCGAGAGAGAAGUCGCAAGAGACAGAGUGCGGGAUAAUCAGACUGUUUCUACGGACAACCAUUGGAAAUGGCCUCAGUUCUGGGAAGCAUUGAGAGAUCCUCAAACCAUCUUCUUUUUUGUGACUGCAGUCGGCAACACUAUGCCCUCAACAUUUGCGAGUCAAUUUUCAAGCCAAAUCGUGAAAGGGUUCGGCUUCUCAGCCUUGCAAACGACGGUUAUUUCUGCGUGUCCAGCAGCGGUCAUCCAGCUUGCAACUUUUCUCAUCUUCUCAUACAUUGCCUCUCAUCGCAACAACAUCCGGCUUCUUUUAUCCGUUUUAGUAUCUAUACCGCCCUUAAUAGGUGCAUCUUUGCUUCAUGCACUUCCCGAAAGCAACCGAGCUGGCCGCCUCGCAGGCUAUUAUCUCACCUACACGCACACGAUGUCUUUUACGCUUAGUACUGGAUUAAUGGCUUCCAACUAUGCGGGAAACACGAAGAAGUCGACUGCGUCUGGCAUCAUCUUUGCUGGAUGGGCUGCUGGACUCAUUGCAGGCCCGCAAUUCUUCCUCGACAGCCAAGCACCAAUCUAUGACUUGGCCUUUAGAAUGCUCAUGGGCUGUUAUGCUUUGAUGAUCAUUGUUCCAAUUUUGCAGUACUUGUGGUAUAAGCAUGAAAAUAAUCGCCGUGAUGAAAGGUUGACAAGAGAGGGAGGUGGAGAGGAUGAAGUGCUUCGGACGGAAUUUAGCGAUAAGACAGACUUUGAGCGGUGGCAGACGUUUAGGUACACACUGUAA